AUGGUCUUUUCACUGUUGUAUCGCCGGCCAGGCCGUGCCAGUGUUGCCGACAAUGCAUCUACCAUCUCCAAUGACACCAAGCGCGAGACAAUUCGCGGAUCCAUCAAGUCUGGCUCGAGCGGCAUGUCCAAUGGCAUUCCCGAAGCCCUGUCGUUUGAUAACAUUGUCGCUGGUGGCACUUGCCCGCCUUGCACCGUUCGUGAUUUCAUGAACUUCCUCAAAUACAUUGAGCUGUCUGCCGAGAAUCUACAAUUCUUCCUCUGGUACCGCGAUUACGUCAAGCGCUUCAAUGCCCUGCCAGAAAGCGAGAGGGUCUUGUCGCCUGAAUGGACCGGUGAGACUAACAAUGCCAAUGACCCAAAGCCCAGCCCGCGACUCUAUAGUAAUGAGGCGGCCAACAUGCUCAAAGGCACCGAUUUCGCCACCGAAGGCCGCCGUGCUGAAUCUGACAAGGCUGCUAGUGAUCCUUUCAACACGCCGCCUCGCACCCCUAACAGCUUCGACCAAGCGGCUGCCGGCUCUCUCAACUUCGACAGUGAGAGCAGCCCUGGCUUCAAGAUUAAUCAUGCCCAGCGUGCUGCUGGUGCGUUUGAUAAUGCCGGCCUCAAAUGGAAACCACGAUCCACUCGCUCAUCCCCCGCAGUCUCCAUUCAGCCCUACCGCGAAGAGAUCAAUCGCAUCAUCUCCAUCUACAUUGCCGACAAUGGUCCGCGCCAGCUAAACCUCUCGUCCAAGGAGCACACUUCUCUGCUGCAUGCUCUCCAAAACACGACACAUCCAUCGGCCUUUCACGAGGUCAUCACAUCUGUCGAAUGGUCGCUUCGUUGCCAGGCACAUCCCAGCUUUAUUCGCUGGACCAUCUGCAACGGCAACCGUCCCCGUGUCAUCUUCGCACGUGGUCUCGGUAUCGGUGGCAUUGUCGCCGGUCUCGUUACUGCCAUCGUUCUCACUCUCAGUGGCGCUGGUCGUGCAUGGCGUGUCAUGGCGUUGAUUGGUUUCCUCAUCGGCAUCUCUACCCUGAUUGCAGCCUGGAAAGGCAUGUGUGUGGUCCUUCACGGCAUGCAUCACCGACAUCUCCGACCGUGGGAGCUUUUUGCGUCCGACGAUGAACUGCAGGCCGAAGAGAUCAAAUCUGAGUCUUCGCAGAGCGUAGAAUCUCACGCAUCCAGCAAUUCUUACGAAGAUGAGCCAUGGGUUGCACGCUACGAAAAGCGCAACCUUGUUCGCAAGGUCUUUGACCGUGAGGUCUGGAUCCAGGAGCCUGCUCUUCGCCAGAUUCAGGAUACCAUCUUCAUCCAAGCCAUUCUCGGUGCCCUCCUCAUUUCUGGCGUGGCUGUCGGUAUCUUUUGUGCUAUUCCCGAGGGCAACUUCUUCUGA